AUGAAGGUCAGAGCCUCUGCAGAAGCCACACCUGGCCUGGUGGAGAAGGGACUGGAGACUUCCAUAGCAGCAGGAACAUGUGAAAAACCGAAGGUCUACCAAGGUGUCCGUGUGAAGAUCACAGUGAAGGAGCUGCUGCAACAGAGGAGGGCACACCAGGCAGCCUCAGGGGCAACCCGGUCCGGAGGUAGCAGUAUCCUUUCCGACCCAGUCACAACAUCCUCUGCAGGACUAUAUUUUGAGCCUGAACCGAUUUCUUCCACGCCCAAUUAUUUUCAACCCCGAGAUUUUUCCAGUUGUGCUUCUUAUGAUGAAAACUCAGGCUGCCUCGACCAGAUCUUUGACUCCUACCUUCAGACAGAGACGCUCGCAGAGCCCUUGUUCCACGCCACCCAAAGUGCUCCACACUAUUUCCCGGACAGCUUCCAGGCUGCCCCUUUCUGCUUUAACCAGAGCCUGACCCCGGGAUCGCCUUCAGAUUCCUCCACUCUCUCUGGCUCCUUAGAUUACAGUGACUCGCCGGCUCAGCUACCUCCCUACACUCCUGGGAAUUUCACUUCUCCCACUUCUGUGGAUACCAGAAACUGUGGCUACCCCCCAGAAGACUGCUCCUACCACCCCUCGCCCUCCAGUGCCCCAUACAAGGGCUUCUCCGUGGCCACCUCCACCUGCUGCUGCGCCUCCUGCGAGGCAGGACACCUGGAUGCCGUCAGGACAGCAGCGUACUUUUCCUAUCCAGGGGCAGACUGUGUGGACUUUGCCUCCUCGGCAGCCACUGCCAGUGAUUUCUACACCAGGGAAACAGACUGCGACAUCUGCUAUAGUUAA